CACUGAUGGGUGACAUUGAAAGGCAGCUCAGAUGGGCACUGAUAUGUGGCAUUGAUGUGCACUGGUAUGCACUGAUAUGUGGCAUUGAUGUGGCACUGAUGGGCAGUGGCAUGUGGCACUGAUGAGCACUGACUGCUGGUACUGAUGGACACUGACAGGUGGCACUUCUGGGGCCACACUGAUCAUCAGGGCACACUGAUCAUCAGUGCCCUGAUGAUCACUGUCAGCGUGACAGCUCGAGAGGAAAGAAAUGCCGAUAACCGGCAUUUCCGUGUUUACAUGUGAUCAGCUGUGAUUGGC